UGUUGAAUAUUAUCAUUACUGCACGCACAAUGUCCUGAAAAGGAUACAAGAUUAUGUUAUUUUCAAGUCAUGAAUCUUGUGGCGAUCGCCUUCUCUUUGUUUGUUUUCGUUGCUUUAUUUUGCAAAGGGAAAAUAUCGGCUAAAGAGUCAAGUGUUUUAGAUCUUCACUCUGACAAAUCGUAUUCCCGGGAGUGUAAUAAACUACUUUCAGACGAACAAAAAGAUGGCGCAUCUUCAGGUUCUGCUGAGGCAUUUGGAUCACACGGGAUAAAUUUUGAAAUAUGGUUCCACUUAGAUGGAUAUUCAGUGAAAUCCCUCAAAAACAGCGCGAGGUUUCCGUACACUCCCGACGUUCGAGUUUUAGCUCACAAUUUUCGUGAGCCGAGAGACUUGGGAGAGAGUUAUGGGUCACGAAUGUACGCAUGGUUUGCGCCACCGGUGACUGGGAACUACCAGUUUCUUGUUUCCAGCAAUCAUGAAGGUCAGUUAUUCGUAAGCAUAGACGACAAACCGGAAAACAUGCGUCUCGUUGCCUUUGUUGCGAAUCCACAUGCCACCCGCGAUAUGGAAUUUAACAGAUUGGCCACUCAGAAGUCGGCGGUUAUCCCCUUGCUUAAAGGCACCUAUUAUUACGUCGAAGCGCUACAUAAAGAACUAUUUGGAAUAGAUAAUUUUGCAGUCGGUGUAAUUUUCCCAAAUGGAACUGCCAACACGCCAAUUUCCGACCGUUAUUGCUACCAUUACUACAGAUCGGAGUCUUACUGCGGCUCCGAGGCUACGAAUCCCGAAAAGGCCGGAAUCGAAGCUGCCGAAAAAGCAACCGAUGAUAUAAUAAAGAAAGCUGCAUUGAGAGCAAAAGAAGAAGCCGAAAGAGAGGCGAAAAAGGCCGUGGAAGAGGCACUAAAAAUUGAACCGCUGCCCCCGAGUGCCAACAAAUCCAGGAACAUGUCGAGAUAUCUCGAGGAAAUGAACUUUCGAAAGGUUGUCCGCAUUGCUAUGGCAGAAAGUAUGAAAGAAUCGAUAGAAUUUUGGAAAGUUACAGGGUUCUCCGGUACCGUCAAAAUAUACUCCCUCGACUUUCCCGCCAAACAACUAAGAUUUGAAAAAAAUCUAGCGUGGUCUAUUUUUAAUGACGAACUCGUUUUGGGUCAGUGGGGUGACUGCUUUCUUCCUCAUACUCCUGGCAAUCUCCCUGGCUCGGGUGGGGUGAAGGGGGGUCAGACCGUGUCGCUUGAAGUGUACAACCAACCUGGUUACUACGUUAUGCAGAAAAACUACAAAUUUGUCAUCGCUAAAAAGAGUGAAGCCACAUUAUUUACAAAGGAAACGUCCUUUACUGAAAGGCACAGAGUCAGUGUACCUCGUACAUCUUCUUUUCAACUCUACGAAGCCGAGCAUUAUGGAUGGUUUGUGUGUGUAGGGGAUAAAUUAACCAAGCUCCGUUAUAAAAUGGAAUUCCUGUACGACGACGAAAGCGAAAGCUUCAAAAGAAACUGUUCCUUUUUUAUUAUGCCCGCUUCAAAUUGCACGUUGAAGCCGAAGUUCUACAGAAACUCCAGUAUAAUUGCUCCAAGUGAGAAAUGUGUAAUGUUGAAAUUUGUGAAGUACAGUGUUUCCACUUCGCUGUUGAUUAACUGCUCAAACCUUCCCAUGAAGCCUUACCGUAUGAGCGGGGCCGUGCUCCAGUUGAAGUUUGUUUUCCCGUCAUCGGCUAAAGGUGCCACGAUCGUUUGUGGAGCACACGAUCCGGAAUUUUCCUGGCGAGAAUGUCAUUUGAACUCUCAUACAGCAAUCGUAGCUGAAGCAAGUGAAAACUGUGAGGACUACGAAACUGUUCUGGUAACGUGUAGCGAUAAAGUAUGCGUCCCCCCACCGUGUGUAUCUACGACCCAAACACCAAGUACCACGUUAGCUUCAACUACACCGACUGCACCCCCCGUACAGCACAACACAACCAAAAAACCGUCAGCUUCUCCCGAACGAGGCACAACUACCUCCUCGCCAACGACAGCUUCACCUAUACGAAGACCAACUACCCCUCCCCCUCCUGUUCCUGUCAUACAUGUUUGCCCUGGCAACCCCGGGCCUCCUGGUCCACCAGGACAGAAAGGUCCUCCUGGUUACCCAGGUGCACCGGGGCCGCCUGGACCACCAGGAGUACCAUGUAUCCCUCUUCGAAAUACUUCAAAUCCUGUUACCACGACGAGUACACCGACUCCUAAAGAUAACAGCAAGGAUGGUCUUAUCAAAAACCCAGAUAAUCCACAACAAGCAACAAAUGUGAUUGACGCUCGGUCUAUCAUCGCUACCAUACCAGCUAAAGGCUCAAAUUUUUCUUGCGUAUUUCGUUUCCCUCCAGGUAUGCCAGGCGUUCCCGGUCCACCAGGCCCAAUGGGUACUACCGGCCAUCCUGGUCCUCCCGGUCCACCUGGCCCUCCGGCAAUAUGUCCUCCACCUCCACCACCGAAACCAGAAUGCCCCAAGUUUUGCCUUCCUCCUUGUCCAAGUGUUUGUCCCAUCUACUGUUGCCCACCGUCUCCUCCUCCUUAUCCGUUGUUUCAAUACCCCAGCCCUGCCAUCUACUCUUAUCCUGCUCCUAUGCAUCCAUCUACACCACCCCCUUAUCCUUCGAUACCCGAAUACCACACUGGCAGACAGUGCGGAUGCCACAACCAAUGUGACGAGUAUCAAAUGAACUGCAAGAAUGUAUGCAGUUGUGAAGAAGUUGAAAUUGUGAAGAAAUCCAAAGUAAUUCUUCCAGAUGACUAGUUUUUAAAUUUUUCGUAGAAUUUAUAUGAUAAUUUGUAAUGAGUUGGUUUGUUGAAUUGUUGUACAUAUGAGUAAUGUUUGCUUUAAGCGAAGUCAUGAAAAAUUUAUUUGCUUUUCUGUUAACAACCUGCCCCAAAGGAACAAAUCAAAAAAUAUAACUUGUCGAUUUCUAUGUAA